AUCAAGGCAGCAGCCGUCGCCGCUGAUGAACCGCCUCAGCACUUCGGCACUCACUCCUUACGCAGUGGUGGGGCAUCGGCACUGUUCGCAGCUGGUGUCGACAGCAUAGCCGUGAAGCAAUUUGGGCGGUGGAGAUCGGACGCGUUUGAGCGAUACAUUCGCUUGAAUAAUCAUCAGACAUCAACUAUGGCGCGG